UUUGGUAAAAGACAAAAUAAAUGUUGCUAUUGAUGGACCGGUGGCUUCCGGCAAGACAACCAUCGGAAAAAAACUGGCUCAGCAACUCAAUUACCAAUUUCUCGAUAGCGGUUUGUUGUUUCGCCAUUUUGCCCAGUUUUGCCAGAAAAAUAAUCCUUCGGAAUUAACUGAUGAACAAGUAAUUAAAUUAAAAAAAGCAAGAGGUAUUUUAAGUGCUUCGGCUAUCGGUAAUUUGGCUUCGCAACUUUCGCCACUGCCCGAACUACGAAAAAUUAUUUUGGAUUUUCAACGAGCAUUAACCCAAGAAAAAACUUGA